UGUUGUUGUGUUGAUUGUGUACACUUGUAAGGACAAACGCUUUGAGCAGUAUGAGGAAACACUGCCUGAAUGUCAUAUACUGAUGGACAUCACUGGAUUUAUAAAGUGUAACCCGCACAUUAAGGCAGACCAUAGAUAACUGCAGCUAUGUAAAUGUCUCGCGCACUGGAUCAGAAUUGUUGCGCGGAGAAACACAAGGAUCUCAUUUUUCACAAAACAUGACGAUACAGCGGACGUGCAGCUUAUAACGCUACAAAAGGCAAGACUGAAAAAAGCAAAGAGGAUGAGGAUGCCAUCACCAGGCUCUCUUUGCUCAGCCCCAGAUGCCUCCGCUCCCUCUUGACGAGCGCAUAGUGGUUAUUCAGCGCCCCAAAAGUUUGGCCUUGCGCGUGGCCUCCCCACCAACCACAUCACAAUCUUCCUCACACCGCCCAGCCACUCACAACGAGCCUCCACCCCACUUACCACAACCCCAACACCCAUUACCCCGUUCCCAUCCAGGUUCCAAGUACCUGUCUCUGGAAUGCAAGCGCAGGCAAUCAUCCCAUGUUCAAAGAUAUAAAGGAGAACGAGGUGCUCCCUUUGAGGGCAGCGGCCACAAUGCUAGCCAUUGUCACAGCAAUGGGACAGUAACUUUAGGUCCCAGACCUCACAAGCACACGCAUACCAUUGACAUUAAAGUGUCUUUGGACAAAGGUGGAAGAGGAGGAUCUUACAUAGACAAAGACCGCAGCAGUAGUCUUACCCGAAGUGGACGCAUCAAGGGGAACAAAACUAAACGGGUGUCCCUGCACUUGGAUCCAGGGCAAGGUGAAAGGAAAUGCAAAGGAAAGUCUUCCGAAUCAGUGGAGAAGCACCAGAACCAUCAUCAGAGUCAAAACAGGACUCAGCACAGUAGCCAUCAUCCAAACCAACUUACAGUCUCUCCUGGAGGGAUCUUGGAAUUUGUACCAGCGCAAAGACAACAGUCAAAAUCCAAGCCAACAAGAGAGAGAGACUUGUCAUCAAAGUCUUGCUCUGCAACUACCAGCUACCUGUUGCACAGUGAGAGGAACGUAUCAUCUGUAGGAAACAAAGAAAACUCCAAACUGGGACCCCGCCACCAACUGCCACAUGCCCACAGCCUAUCCCGUCACCACAGUUCAGCCCCAUUACCCCAUGCUGCCAUCCUAAACCCUCACUACCCUGCUGUACCACCCUCACUCCCUUCCCGAGCCCCUUCCUCCUACCAGCACAGUCAACCCCGUCCCUCACACACUAGAGAACAUCGGCCCCAAAUUCUUCACGCAUUGCCCCUCUCCCCUACUUCCUCCCAAGGAGGCUUCCCCAGUCCUGACCACACAUGUACAAUUGACUUUUCCCACCCCUGUGGCUGUUGGAGGUUGGUGCGUUGUAGAAGAGGUAGAGGUCACUCGUCUGGCUGCCCCGGUCAUAGUACAAGCCCAUCCUCUUCAUUUUCUCAUGCCCAAGGAACAAGUGCUGCCAACGGAGGUGGCGGAACCAUGGGAUUGAAGACUUUAGGAGGGUGUCUGUCAACUGCUUCCACCACCAACACCUCCUCUUCUAACAGCACUGUCUCAGACUGUCGCACAGGGCUGCUCAGACCUUUGAGUUGUGCAUCCUGUUCUGGAGAAGCUGGAGGUUUUGAGAGCCCUGCUGCUUUCCGUAAGAAACUGGUUGGGGGUUGUUUACCCUGUACUCCCCUAUCCUCAUCUGCACCUCUUCGAGCACUCCAGAGUUGCGUCAGUGGGUGCAAUCCCAAAGCAAGCCAAACUGGCAGCUCCACAUGCAGUUACUGCAGUAGUGACCCCAUUGUAGUGACCUUUAACCCACACAGAGGGAAUCCUCCCAACCUGGGGCGUAAUAUUGGUGCACAUACCAUGGGAGGAUACCAGCCUGAUGAUGAUGAUUACAGUGUACGCACAAUUUGGCCGGAGGAGCUAGCAAAGAAGAUGACUCGCUCUAAAACCCAACCUAUCCACCACAAUACAGGUAUUGGAAUGGGCUCAGGGAGAACCUGCAUGGGCCACAACCAGAAUAGUGGCAAUGGUGGCAAUCCUGUAAUCCUGGACUGCCGGAACCUUAUGGAGUUCACUCGUUCCCAGUUGACAGAUCAGGCAGGACGACGGAGGCUCCAGCAAGGCAAGAUGGCAGUUUUGGACUUUAUUGGAUCAGGAAAUAGCGGGGACCAGGGUAGAGAUUCCCUCAAGCGGCUUUGGAACAAAGGAGCAGAUGCUUGCAUGGUGGAUGGCAACGGGUUUGACGAUGAAGUGCUUCCACAAUCCCCAUCCCUUCGCUCUCCGUCUCCAGAUUCCCCUCCAUCCUUCUCACCCCCACCCUCUGCUCCUAGCACACUUAUUAAGCCCAAACCCAAACAGCGAGAGAGGCAGGGGGGACACACCUUACCGUCUACACAGUCGCUCCACUUGGUCCUCAACUCACUCAACAGAGAACAAGAUGAGGAAAAUGGACGAGUGCACCUUUCCCUCCCCCUCUCCUCAUCCCUCCCAGCGUCACUAUCUGAGGAGAGUGUUAUGACCCCAGAUGUGGAGAAUGCUGUGAUUAGCCCCAUCCUCCCUUUCCUUUUCCUGGGCAAUGAGAGAGAUGCACAGGAUUUGGAUCUACUGCUUCGUCUCAACAUUGGUUUUGUGGUCAAUGUCACAACCCAUCUUCCCCUCUACCACCUGGACACAGGCUUGGUGCGUUACAAAAGGCUUCCAGCUACUGACAACAGCAAGCAGAACCUGCAACAGUAUUUUGAAGAGGUUUUUGAGUUUAUCGAGGAAGCUCACCAGUGUGGACGUGGUGUUCUUGUGCACUGCCAAGCAGGUGUGUCCCGCUCCGCUACUAUAGUCAUUGCUUACCUAAUGAAGCACACCCUCAUGACCAUGACUGAUGCCUAUAAGUAUGUGUGGGGCCGGCGGCCAAUAGUCUCCCCCAACCUCAACUUCAUGGGCCAGCUGCUAGCGUUUGAGAGAGACCUCAACUCUGGGGUAACACCUCGCAUCCUCACCCCCAAACUGAGUGGCCUGGAAACACAAGUUUAAAAGGAUGGUGCAAGAAAGAAAAUUGUGAGAAAACGAGCGGGGAGAAGGAGAUAAAUAGAAGAUGGAAUUGGUGGAAAGAAAUGGAUGGAUAAAAAAAUAAGGAUAAGAAUAAAGCCGUUUGACAAUAGCAAACAGUUGAAAUUGAGGAUUUCGAGAAAGAGAUGACAGAAUUAUCUAGAUGAUGAAAUCAGUCAAAAAGAAAUAGAGGAAACAGUCUUGGUCUAUUUUAAUUGAAGUACCUUUAUUCUUUCUGUUUCAUACAAAUAGCACUUAUAUGACAGUUGGUAAAUGGAUGUUUGUGCUACCCACCCUGAUACUCUGUUAAUUAUGUGCCAAGUUUUCAUUCAAAAUAAUAACCCAAUUCACUUAAAUUAUUAUUGUAUUACUAUUAUCAAGCUUGGUUACAUACAAAGGCUGUAUAAAAGUAUUUGGGGGGAGACAAAUGCAAUCAAAGAACUCUGGCUGUCAAACACAGAAAAAGAUCCGAUGUGUUGAGACUCUCAGAACUGUGACAUGCAUCACAUUCGAGACCCAAGAGCUGUAGCAAACUUCAAACUCCUUUUCCACUGUGCACAGAACUUUUCUAGACAGAUUAUUUUUGAUUUGGGAGAUCAUUUGAAGGCACUUUUGGGUUACUUUGCGUUAGCUGCCAACUAUUUAUAAAUUUCUCCGCUGACAUGAUUCAUUUUGCCUUUGAAGUUUUUUUCGAUACUGCUAUUUUUGUUACUUGAUUUUACAUCUUGCAUUCUUUAUCUUAGUGUCUUUGUGUGGGUGGUGUGCAAUAGUGUUGAUUGGGAAGCGGAACUGAUUUAUUUUCACUUGGACACUGUUUCACUAAUGGACAUUUUUUAUGGGACAUGAACCAGCCAUUCUAAUGGCAGAUAUAAUCCAAAAAUCAUAUAUUUCUUUUUUAUUUCCUGCUUAUGAUAUUGAACAGAGGGCAAUUUGUAUAAAGCACUGUGUAAUGAAAAAAAUUUGUUAAAAGCAAAAGUGGAUAAUAGACUAUACAGUAAGUUUUUCUUUAUUUUAUCCAACUGACUAUUUAUUUUACUUUGAGCAGGCAGUGCAAUGGCUUAAAUUUACAUGGAUUUAAUUUUACUUUUUGUGCUUUUUGUAUGUUAUGUUGCUGUCUUUGUGCUCCAAAUGGUGUUUAGAAAUUAUGAGUAGAAAGAUUUUGUGCAAUUUAAUUUUACAUUUUAAUAAGGAAUAUGUACACUGUUUAUUACUGUGCAAAAUUACUGUGACUGGAGCAGAUUGGGCCAAGUCAUCAACAUGAAUCUUACUCUUUAGUAUAAUUUGAAUUUGAAAUUCAGAAUUGCACAUCAAGGUGACGUAGAUAUUUAUAGUUUAUGCAAAAUCAGCAUGAAAGUUCCAAGGUGAUAGUGUGCAGGUGUUUUCUGUCAUUUGCAUUUCUAUCAUAUUCAGUUCACUGCAUAAGAAAAAUGAACACUCUUAUCAGCUUUAAUGCCUGCCCUGUUUUUAAACAGCCUGCCUAAUUUGGCCAUGAUCAGAUUUUAGUGCUCUCAGGACUGUAGUCAAACACUCUGGUUUUGUAUUAGCAACCACGAAGUAAACCCAGAGCCCCUUCCUCCAUUUAAAUUCUUCCUUAAUUUUCCUACCUUCCUUUUUCUUUCUGUAUGUCCUCUAAGAGACUAUGCAUCAUUGUGGGAAUACAUUCUGUGAAAAAAGACUUGGUUCACUCAGUUCACUGUGAAACAUUCUUCUUCCUGCAUAUUGUCAAGUUCUCAGCCUUGGUCCUUGAAGCCGCCUCUCAUCAGUCUUGACAAGCGAGGAGUUUGUCUGCUGUGUCUGAGCUCUUAUCUGCCUCACUAAGCCAUUGGGCCUUCACACACCACUGCUGAGUCUCCGUUAAUGUGCUCUGCCCAGCAACGCGUGACAAAGUAUACUAUAUUGCAUUUCAGUUCAAAUACGCUCCAGUUUAAUCCCCCCGCCCCCCACUGUACCUAAAGUAAAGACAUGUGAAGGUGUUUUCUUACAGGUACAAAACCACAGAAAUGCCC